AUGAAGUUGUUCAGCGUGGCCACUGCCUUGCUCGCCGCAGUACCAUUUACCCAAGCAUACUGGAAAGGCUUUAAUGUUGCCGCCGAAAACCCAGACGGCUCAUGCAAAACACAAGCGCAAUGGGUCUCUGCUUUCCAAAAGCUAGCCUCGCUUCCUGGUCAUUUCACCUCUGCCCGUCUAUACGCAUCAAGUGAUUGCCAGACAUUGACGCUUGCCGUCCCUGCCGCCAUCUCCACUAGGACUCAGCUGCUCGUUGGUGUCUGGACUCAGGAUGAGGGCCAUUUCAAAAGGGAGAAGGAUGCCCUCGAGAGUGCCAUCAAGAGAUACGGUCAGGACUGGAUCAUCGCCAUCAGUGUUGGAAGCGAAGACCUGUACCGCAAAGAGAUUAGUGCAUCGUCUCUUGCACAGAAAAUCUACGAUGUUCGCGGAAUGGUUCGCGCCAUGGGUGUGAACAAGGAAGUUGGACAUGUAGACACAUGGACGGCGUGGGUCGAUUCUGCCAACACUGAAGUCGUCAAAGCAUCCGAUUUCAUUGGCCUUGGUGAGUCAACAUCUGCAUCGAUCACAACUGCCCGACAUACCACUAACAUUCUNUUAGAUGCGUACCCAUACUUUGAGGGCAGCAGCAUCGAAAACGCAAGCAACGCAUUCUGGAGCGCCAUCAACAAAGUCCGUGGCGUGGUUGACAAGGUCUCUCCAGGCAAAUGGGUCUGGGUCACUGAGACAGGAUGGCCAGUCAGCGGUUCCAAAUACGGCAAUGGAGUCGCCAGCGUUAAGAAUGCUCAAACCUUCUGGAAGCAGAUCGCUUGUGCUGCCUUCAAGCAAGUGCACAUUUUCUGGUAUGUGCACCAGGAUUACCAAGCGUCGCCUAGCUUUGGUGUCAUUGACCGUAAUGGGAACGCCAUUUAUGAUCAACAGAGCUGUUGA